AGCGUCCGGCAAAUGAAGGCCCAUGCGCCCAAGCGCACGAAGAAGUCGAGAAUGGAAUCGAAGGACGUCGGAAGCAUUCCAGAAUGCACGAGCACAGUGUCAUUGAACGUGCUCGACCUGCAGACCGUGGCCCAAACGUACAAGUUCACCGACGCCCAGUGCCGAGUCUACGAUGCUUUUGCCAAGCUGCUCGAACAGUUUGACACAACAAUCAUGCUCGAUAUACUGGAAGACGUCCUCCACGAUGCACAACACCGCACGCGACUGCACAACUAUCUCGGAGUGAACCCAGAGGCACAGAUGGUGUCGUCGAUCGUUGAAUAAAAUCUCCUCCGUCAAAAUCAAAACCAUAUUUGUACUGCA